UCUGUGCUGUGCCUAAGGUACUGGUACACAGACCGUGCUGGUCUAGUGUGAAAGCAGGGCUGGUCAUGCUAGGACAGACAGGCGAAGAAAGAUAAUGCGGCUCACUGUCUGCUAGACACCGAGAAGAGAGCGUUUCCGAAAUUGUAAAUAGUGAGUUUUUGUGUUUUAAAGUUGGACCUGCAGUAGUUCCAACUUUGGUGAAAAGAUGGGCUGUUCGUCGUCUAGCACUCAGACUGUGGCUCAGGAAAACAGACCAGGCACUAAACCCGAAGAAACCAACGGAGACACGGGUUUUGUUGCCAGUAACAGUAUUGUGGCAGAGGAUGCCGAAACAAUAUCAGACCAGAUGCAGCUACCAGUCCAGAGUGCCAUGCCAGAAGAACUGAGCCCUGGGCUGGGGGGCAGAGAGGCUCCUGCUAUUUGUGAUGCUCUGCAGAAUGUGGAACUGGUGCCAGAACCGACAAUUGAGAGUGACCUGAUCCAGACUACCGAGGGUCCAGAGAGUACUGCACUAGAGAAGCCACCAGCUCCCACCGAGCCUCCAGUCCUACAAAACAAGAGCAGUCCUGCAGAGAUGGUUAUGGCACAGGAAGCCACUGUGACCAGUGCUGCUGUGGAAGAGACAAGUCCUGCAGAAAAUGUUGACACAGAUUCUCGUUCCCUAGUAGAGUCACCGCCUGCUGAGGAGCCAGUGGUUUCUGCAGCUCCAGUAGAAACAGCUUCUGAAGUUUCAGAAGCUGCACAGGUGCCAGAGGCCGCACACGCUCCAGAAGAAAUGACUGCAGAACCUACCAUUGUUCCCGCUCCUGCUGUAGAACCCUCUCCAGCUCCUGAGCCUGAACCAGCUUCAGAACCCACACCAGAUGCAGAACUUGCCACAGCUACAGAGCCAGCACCAGUUGCAGAAGCCACCUCAGUUCCAGAACCUACAUCAGUUGUAGAACCAACUGCAGCUCCGGAACCCACACCUGCUGCAGAAGCUGCCCCAGCUGCAGAACCUCUCUUGGUUCAAUCAACUCCAGCCCCUGAGCCCACCCCACAAGAAAACCCUGUAGCAGCAGAAGCAGAUCCCACUGCAGUAGAGGAGCCUGCAGCAGCAGCACUUCAGUCGCCCGGUGGUCCAGAGCCAAUUCACGUGGAGGCAGCGGCAGCUGCAGCAGCAGCAGCAGUAGUUCUGCAGGCAGCACAAGAGAGUGCAGCCCUUGCAGCAACAAGUGCAGAUGCAAACACCCCUGUCCAGCCUACCAUGCAGGCCCCAGAGGCCCCUGAGGGUGGUGUGGGGGAGGGUGCAGUCUCGCAGGCUGAGACUGUUGAGGCCAAACUAGCAGUGACUCUGACUGAAGCUGACUUGGCUGCUGCCACUGAGGAAUGAGGGAACACACACCUUUGACUCUGCUGAGAGGCAAAGACUGGCAGAAUGGAACAUUCCAUAGAGCUCACAAAUUGUGAUCAACACACAGACACACACACACACACACACACACACACACA